AUGGAUCUUCAAGCGACGCCAUCUCUCCGUCCUGAGAUCACGUUGGGCACAUCGCGUGGUCGUGAUGAGAACGGACUCCACUGGACGAGCGCGGAAGGUCAUGUCCGACUGUAUCCUGCGACUGUAUGCGACGUGAAGGAUGCGGCUGGUGGAUGCCUGACGAGUUUGUUGCCAGAUCAGGCACUUUCGAUUCUGAGCAUUUCAAAAAAGAGGAAGUUGUGCUCGAGUGUAUCUACGUGUGAGCAGUUUGCAUUCCGGUGCUCGAAAUGCCUUAUGAAGCAGACCAUUCGGUUACGCUUUUCAGAAGGGAGCUGUGGAUGUUGA